AUGAAAGAAAUAUAUGAUCGAGUGGGUGGUGUACCGAGAUAUGUUUUGCAAGUUGCUGAAAUGAUGUCUAAAAAGAUUGCUAAAAAGGAUAAUUCUGUGGAAAGUCAUUCAGUUGUUAUAGAAUGUAUUUUUCGACAUAUUGAACAAGCUAUUAAUGAACUUCAAGAGCCGAUAAAGUUUCUACAAUAUGAAACCUACAGAAAAGCUCGACACAGAUGGGCUUCAAAUUAUAUUCUAGAUAAAAUCAGAAAAAAAUCAAAUGAGGAACUUCGGCGUGAUCUGGUAGUUGGCCUUGCAAAGCGGGAUAUUUGGGAUGAGUCUAAAGGUAUCAUGUUUGAAACAUACUGUUCUCUACUCCUUCAAACAGGUGGUGUUACUCUUCAAACUAGGGAACUGAAAGAAAAUAAGAGUGACAAUGCACGAAAAGAAGAUUUGAGUCUUCCACUAAAACCAGAAACCGGUUAUAUACAAGUUCCAGAAAAUCUAAGCAAUUUUAAUUAUGAUGAAGAGAGAUUGAUUAUACCAACAAUUUCUAGCUUUUCUGUUGCUGAUUACUUCAUUAUACCUGAUAAAAUAUUUCAAGUUACUCUGAGCCAAAAUCAUCGUCCAUUACAUAAUGAAAUGAUCAAAAUUGUUAAAAAUACACCAGCAUACAAAAAGGAUCCUAAAAUGCCUAUUCGAUUCUACUUUAUGGUACCACCGGAUAAAUAUGAAACUUAUACCUACCAAAAACCUCAAGUUGUCAAGAAAAACAAAGGAACUGAUAUUGAGAACACACAUGAUGUUUCCAAUCAGUCCACUAUCUUAAAAUAUGUGGAGCAAUGGGCUUUGAAG